AUGUUCCGCACCGCUCCCCGCAUGGCCGGAUUCGUGUUCCGCGAAAACCGUGUCCCUUACUACCAACGUCUGUUCCAGCAGCACGACGGCAAGCGUCAGUGGUGGAAGACUGAGCGUAGCGGCUAUGUCAUGUACCCCUACCUUAUCUCCGUUUAUGGCAUGGGCAUUGCUACCACCUAUGCCAUGUGCCGUAUGGUCUUUGUCAGUGUCCCUUUACUCAUUGCGAUAUCACCCAAACACUAUCCUAACAUCUUGGGCGCAAUAUUCGACUAA